GCAACCGUUUUUCCUACUCUCAUAUAAAUGUCCCAGGGAUGUUCCCGUAGUCACUCCGCUGCUGUCUCUAACGGACACAAGAAUACCUUAAAAAAGGACUCCCUCAGAAAGCGAGGACAUGUUUCAGGCAGUCUUCCUCGUCCUGCUCGGCCUGAGCUCCGGGCUGGUGAGUGCCUUCCCCGCCCAGCAGGACUCAGACACCGGCAAGAACUGGGUGCUCAUCGUCGCUGGCUCCAACGGCUGGUACAACUACAGACACCAGGCCGAUGCUUGCCAUGCCUACCAGAUUGUCCACAAGAAUGGCAUCCCAGAUGAGCAGAUUGUGGUCAUGAUGUACGAUGACUUGGCACAAAAUGAAGAAAACCCCACCCCGGGCAUAUUGAUUAACAGGCCCAAUGGCACAGACGUGUACAAGGGAGUUCCCAAAGACUACACCGGCGAUGAUGUGACUCCAGAAAACUUCUUGGCCGUGCUGACGGGUGACGCCUCAAAAGUCAAAGGUGGCUCUGGAAAAGUGUUGAAGAGCGGCCCAGAAGAUCACGUGUUUGUGUACUUCACCGACCACGGAGCGCCUGGCAUUCUGGCCUUUCCCAAUGAUGACCUCCAAGUCAAAGACCUCCAGGACGCCAUUAAUUACAUGCAUGAAAACAAGAAAUACAAAAGGAUGGUGUUCUACAUCGAGGCAUGUGAGUCUGGGUCAAUGAUGAACCACCUGCCGACUGAUAUUGACGUUUACGCCACCACAGCAGCCAACCCCCAUGAGUCCUCUUACGCCUGCUACUAUGACGAGAAAAGGGACACUUACCUGGGAGACUGGUACAGCGUGAACUGGAUGGAGGACUCUGAUGUGGAGGACCUGAAGAAGGAAACUUUGAUGAAGCAGUUCAAGAUUGUAAAGAGCCACACAAACACCAGCCACGUCCAGCAGUACGGAAACAAGACUAUGGGCCACAUGAAGGUCAUAGCAUUUCAGGGUGACGCCAUGGCAAGCCAGCCCGCUCCUCCAAUGAAGCUGCAGCCAAUUAAAAAUCUAGAUCUGACUCCAAGCCCCGACGUUCCUCUGGCCAUCCUCAAGAGGAAGAUGAUGGCCUCCAAUGACAUCAGAGUCGCAAGGGGGCUGCUGAUGGAGAUCAACGUCCACCUCAAGAUCAGGGAGAUACUUGCUGAGACGAUGCGCCAAGUGGUUGAGAAAGUGACCGGAGACAAGCUCAAGGCCGAGGAGGUUCUCAACGAGAGAGACGAACUCACCCAGCAUCAGUGCUACAGGACUGCGGUCAACCACUACAAAUUCAACUGCUUCAACUGGCACAAAACUGAGUAUGAAUAUGCCCUGAGACAUCUGUACGCUCUGGUGAACCUGUGUGAGAGAAGAUACUCUGCAAACAGCAUCCAGCUGGCCAUGGACUCUGCGUGCCGCCUCAGAAAGUAAAAGGGUUUCUUUAAGUCCAUGAAAGUCUCAAACAUCAAACUGCUUCUUCGACGUGGGAAGGCCUGAGGAGACGGAGCUCCUCUUUGCACUGCUUUGGAAUCAAUCUGACGUGGAGUCGACGUUAUUAUCAACACUCUAACAUUUUUUUUUUUUUUUAACUUUUGAUAUGUUUUUGAUUUUACUGAGAACUUUUAAACUUGUUUUAUGAUGAGUUUGCACUAUCACUGUGAAGUGUUUGUGGAUGAUAUUUUACUGCUUCUGAUUAUUUUUUAGGAUUUAGGAUUUAUAGCAAUUAAAGCAUGGAAUUCAUUUAAAUUUGUUUCGCUCUUAGCUUUAUUUGUGGUAUGGACGAUUUGGCAUGAAUGUUUGAAAUGAUUGACGUUUAAAGGACAUACCACUGAACACUGAAUGUGGAGACUUUGUUGUGAAACAAGGAUCUUGAAAUAAAUUUUAAAGACCAAAACUGCUAAAAA